AUGAAAGGAACUAGACAAUUAUUGAUGGCAACCCGUAGAUCUGUAAAUAGACCUCCAAGACAACUUUUACUACCACCUUUACAACUUUACAGAAGAAUUCUAAGAGAACAUAAGAACCUCCCACAGUUACAAAGAGAGCUAGGUAAUCAAUAUUUAAAAAAUGAAUUUCGGUUGCAUAAAGAUAUCGAGAAUCCGUUACAUAUUGUUGGAUUUCUAACUAGUUGGCAAGACUAUUUAUCAACAAUUAGUAAUGGAUCUUGGGACUCAGAGAAGAUGACUUCUGCAGUUUUAGAAAAAAUGUCACCAGAACAAAUUACUCAAUUAUAUGAACUAAUGAAAGAAACUCAAAAUGUACGUGAUGGAACCCCUGAAACUACUAACGAGACAAAAACUGAAUGA